CUCAGUCAAGGAAGACUGGCGUGUGCAGUCCAUCAUCAGGUAGGUUAGGCGAGUAUCCCCAACCUUGUUCAUACAACGCUCAUGGAACAUCAUCUUCCAUAGUUGCAGUGCUGUCUUUCCAGCACAGGACCUGCACUUGAUAGUGAAUUCAUGCACCAAACUUAUGACGUGAGCGUGCGGUACCUAAUACCGCCGCGUCUGUUAACAGAACUGUACCGCAGACAGCGACAGUGCAGGGGAGAGGAUGGAGAAGACAGUGCCCACCGAAGAGAACAAGAUAACUAAGCAAGAGCAAAUAUCUUCAAUGUCGUCAGGUGUACUGGAAAAAUUGUUUGGGAAACGCCUCUCGCAGGCCAGGCAGUACAUCAUGUCCCAUAAAUCCUGGCUGAAAAUGGUUCCCACGGAAGACUGUGAUAUCCUAAUGACAUUCUCAGACUCCAUAGACGACCACACCUUGCUAUGGCUGUUGAACCAUAUCCGACUGGGAAUCCCACAAGCUACAAUCCAGAUCAGACAGCAUCAACACACACAGGGAUAUGCGUUCUGCAUUACAAGCUCAUUCGAGAACUUGCUGCGUGGUGCAGAGCUGUUGGGAAUGCACAAAGUGGUGAAACCACAGUACGGAGGCGGAACACGCAGGUUUUCCUGUGAGGAAGAUAACAUCUAUGAGAACAUAGAGAGCGAGUUGUGCUUUUUCACCUCACAGGAGCGUCAGAGUAUCAUCAAGUACUGGCUGGAUAACCUACGUGCCAAACCAGGGGCGGUCCUUCACAACAUCCACUUCCUGGAGGGACAACCAAUCAUUCCAGAGCUGGUGGCCAGAGGAGUAAUCUGUCAAGUGUUUCCUCUACACGAGCAACGGAUCCUCAGUCAGCUGAUGACGUCAUGGGUCCAAGCUGUCUGUGAGAGACAGCCUUUGGAUGACGUCUGUGAUUACUUUGGGGUGAAAAUCGGAAUGUACUUUGCCUGGCUGGGCUUCUACACCAACUCCAUGCUGUACCCUGCAGUCGUUGGCUUCCUGAUGUGGAUCCUGGCAGAGGCUGACCAGACCAGCCAGGACAUCUGCUGUGUAGUGUUUGCCCUUUUCAACGUGGUGUGGGCGACGCUCUUCCUGGAGAGAUGGAAGCGGAGAGAGGCCGAGCUGGCAUACAUGUGGGGAACACUGGACACACCUGCCGAGCCCCUUGAGGAGCCCCGUCGCCAGUUUCGGGGUGUGAAGCGAUGCAGUCCAAUAACAGGCUGCGAGGAGUUAUACUACCCACCCUGGAAGAGGACAAUGUUCAGGUGGAUGGUCAGCCUCCCCAUCUGUCUUCUCUGUCUCUGCUUUGUCUUCUUAGCCAUGCUUGUCUGUCUGGAGAUGCAGGAGUUUGUGAUGGAAAUUAAGGAAUUACCCAGUAUCACAAGAUUCAUUCCUAAAAUGUUGCUGGCCAUCGUUGUGACUGUAUGUGAUGAGGUGUAUAGGAAGAUUGCCCAUUGGCUCAAUUAUAUGGAGAACUACAGACUUCAGAGUGCCUAUGAGAAUAAUCUCAUCAUUAAAAUGGUUUUUUUUGAGUUUAUCAAUUCUUACCUUAGCCUUUUCUACAUCGGAUUCUACCUCAAGGACAUGGAGCGACUGAAGGAGACGCUAGCCACUCUCCUGAUCUUCCGCCAGUUCCUCCAGAACAUCAAGGAAGUGCUCCAGCCUUAUCUGUACGAGCAUCACAAACUAGGAGUAUUUACCCCCAAGGUCGUGUGGGAGAUUCUCCAGGCCAUAGUGCUCAAGUACAGCCGCCUGGCUCUAGGAAAGGCCCAGGCUUCAUGGACUAUCCAGUCCCUGCUAAGCCCCAAAGGCCCUGCCACACUUCCUGGACAGACAGAACAGAAGAAGAGAGGAGAUCUAAAAGCUGGCUAUAGGUUUACAGAGGCAGAGUGGGACAUAAAUUACACACUGAAGCAACGGAAGAUUAGCUUCAAUGAGAAGGUGCAUGUUGCCAGGGACAUUGCCUUGGCGACCCAGCCAGAGGACAGCUUCUUGGAGGACAGUCCCACGUUGGUGGAGGAGGGCAUGGAUCCUUCCAGCAUCUUUGAGAUAGUCACUGACAUUGACACUUAUGAGUCCUCUGAGACCAAGGAGACUAGUGUCUCCCCACCAAAUGGCUAUGACACGCUAGUAUGUCAGAGAUGGAAGAGUCCAAUCCCAGAGAAAGAGGCAACAAAGUCCUGGAUUGAACCGCCUGAUGAGCCCAAGUCUGUCAUUCUCAGCCAAGCAGAGGUUGAGAGCUGCAUGCAGACAUAUGAGGACACCCUGCAGGACUACCAGGAGAUGUUCAUCCAGUUUGGCUACGUGGUGCUCUUCUCCUCCGCCUUCCCGCUGGCUGCCAUGUGGGCCCUCAUCAACAACAUCAUCGAAAUCCGGAGUGACGCCUUGAAGCUCUGCACAGGCCUGCAGAGGCCCUUUGGCCAGAGGGUGGAGAGCAUUGGACAGUGGCAGACAGCAAUGGAGGCCAUGGGCUUGAUAGCCAUUAUGGUGAACUGUUAUCUCAUUGGCCAGUGUGGUCAGCUGCAGCGUCUCUUCCCCUGGCUGAGCCCUGAGAUGGUCAUCAUCUCCAUCGUGGUACUGGAGCAUUUUGCCAUCCUCCUCAAAUACGUCAUCCAUGUGGCCAUCCCUGAUAUUCCUGGAUGGGUCGCAGAUGAGAUGGCCAAACUAGAGUACCGUCGAAGGGAGGCUUUCAAGAAGCACGAGCGUCAGGCCCAGCAGCACUCCCAGCAGCAGCUGAGGAGGCAGCUUGAGGAGGAGGAGCUGCAGCGUCAGGUGGAGCUCCAGGCCAAGGCCCAGAAGGAAAGCGAGUACCACAAGGCUGACAACCAGCAUCACCAUGAGAAGACCCAGUGGAAGCCUGUGGACAAGCCCAAGAGACCCAGCUCUCUGCUGGGCAACAGCAAUGUAAUGAAGCUCAAGCAGAUCUUCCCCCAGCAGGGGAAGUUCUCCUCGGGCACGGCCCUCUCCCCUCAGUCCCUAACCGGGGGAGAAGCCAAACUAGCAGGCUUCCUCAGCUUCAAGUUCCGGAAGUCUCCGGAGUUGAAGAAGGAGCCGUUGUCGGUAACACCAGCACCGGGGACUGUGGUGACGGCUGCAUCCAUGAACCAGGAGAGGUCCCAGUCCCCCAACAGGACCUUCAGCCCAGGGAAGAUGUUCAGCUUUAGCAGAUCAGAGGGGGCAGUGGUGUGUGUGAACGGGCCUCAGCCGUCCAAACCAGGCGAUGCUACCCCCCAAACGACUCCUAACAGUCAGCCCACCAGGCAGGACCUGAAUACAACUCCCUCAGGUGAGUUGUUACCCUCGUCUGAGAGCGAGAGGGGAGAAACAAGACAAUCUAACGAUACUGACACUUCUGGCUCAAAGUGUUAGUCAAUCAUCAUGGCAAUAUGUAAAAUGUAAGAAAGGGAUGCAAAGAACAAUAACUUGUUAUUCUUGUCAACAUGGUUUAGGUCAUACUGAAUAAACUAAAUAAGCUAAGAUGUAAUGUAAGGUCAGAAUGUAAGGUCAAGUUUUGGGUUCAUUCUCCACCAUCCAAAUGAUAUGACAGUAAAUAUAGGCUAUAUCUGUUCUAUAUACUGACACCCUAAGUGGAUACUAUGUACAAAUUGUAACAGUUUACCCCCUUGAAUGAGGCCCGCCCUAGUACCAUAACUAAAUGCAGUUAUAAGACUGCAUGACUUGUGGUUCUGAUCAUCAUGAAGCAAUUCUGUAAGAUCUGGAUGGCAGUUUAUUCCAUCCCAUAUUUUGUCUUUCCAUUCAUCAGAUUUGAUGUGUAAAAAGCAUGGCGAAACAUCUGCAUGCCUGAAAUAAAUGUCUUAUUAAGCACCUUAUUAGCCAAAGACAACUUCUAUUCCUGCAAUAGUACAGAAUGAGUACAUUCACUGUGACUGACAGAUAUUCUAUUUUUCUCUUUUUCUUUGUUUUUCUAUUAAUUAUUUUAUUACAUGAAAUAGUGAAUGUACCUCAAUGAUGCAAAACACACUCCAAUAAACUUCAUGAGACCAGAGGAAUUGUAAUGCAUCACGUU